AAUGUGUUUUCAUUACAUAAGGUAAUUUUUAUUCUUUUUGCUUUUCUUUAUAUAUGAAUUUAUUUGAUUUUUUUAAUAUUGUAAACUGAUUUUUCUGUGUUGUUAUUUGCAGACCAAAAUUGUUAAAGUUUUGCCCACUGAUGAAGAGAACAAUGCCUUCAAGCUUGAAGGUUUUUUCCAGUGCAACAAGGAUUUGAAUGUUGCUGAUUUUGAGGAUGAUGAUUUUGUUGCUCCUCCAAAGAAACCAACCAGUGAGGCUCCUUCAUCAUCCUAUGUUCCUUGUGUGACAUUUGGUUUUUCUGAUAUGAAAAUUAUUGUGGAUGAAUGUCAGAAGAAGUGUAACAUUAUGUCUAAGGAAAUUGCAUUUUUAAAGUCUGCUAGUGAAUCUAGACAUAGGGCAUUGAUGGAGAUGUUGGUUAAUUUGAAAAACGAUCAAGAUUUAAAACACAAGGAAGUUAUGGAAAUGUUAGGUGAGUUGAGGCCAAAAUCAUGUGGUAUUAAUGAUGAUAUUGAUCCUGUUGAUGUUGGUUUUGUGGGAGCUGAUGUUGGUGAUACUUCUGGUGGUGGUGGUGUUUUAAAGGAAAAGGAUAAGUUUUUUGAGAAUGAAAGUUUUACCCAAGUUUUUGAUGAAUGCAUUCAAGCAAUGCAAGAAGAUGCUGCUGGAGAUAUGGUAAUUGCAGAUGAUAAGAAUGAUACAGUAAAUGAGAAUGAGAAGACUACUGGGAAUGAUGUUGAAGAAACAAUGAAUAUUGUCAAACCUCAUGAUGAUGUAGCUGAUGUUGUUAAAGAUCUAGAAGAAGAGGCUCAUAUUUUUAACAACAUGAAUGUGGAGAUUUUUGAUAAAGUUGUUCAUGUAGCUGUUGGUGAUUUGGCAAAAAAAAAGGUAACUAAACAAGGCAGAUAUUGUAUUUUUUUUUCUUUUUGCAAUAUUUUCCAAUAGUUGUAUUAUUGAGUUUUUCAUAUUAUUUUUGUUUCUAGGAAGUUGUUAUGGCAACACCCAUUGCUGGUUCUUUGAUGAAUCCAGUAGUUGUGUCUACUCCUGUUGUUGGCAAAAGGAAUCCAAAGCCUACUCCAGUUUUGCAAUCUCCUUUUGUGAACCAAUUUGGAUCAUCUUCUUCUGAGGAUAUGAAACAUUUGGAGGUUGUGAAGUCUAAAAGGAAGGUUGUGGGACGAUAUGCUUUUGGAGACAAUCUUUUGGAUCUGCCUAAUCAAAUUGACCAAGACUCUUUUAACAAGUGGUUUUCUCUGGGGCUGAGAAAAAAUAAUAAGUAUGCUUCUAUUUUUUAAUUGUUUUUUUAUUUAUUUUGUAUUUCAGUUUCAGUUUCACCAUAAUUCACUUUUAAAUGUUUAUAUUUGUUAUAGGUAUAAGAAAUUUGAUGAUAAUAAUAGUAUCAUUAAGGAGCCAUUUCAGUUUUGUGUAACUGAGAUUGAGAGAAAAUUUUGGUUUUAUGAUUUAGUUAAAGAUGGGAGGGAUUUGGACAAUGAGGUAUUUUUUUCCCUUAUUAUUAUUAAGUUGUUUUAGUUUUUCUGUUUUCAUUAUUCUUAUUAUGGUUUGCUUCUUGUUUUUUCAGCAUAUUAAUGUGGCAUUUUAUUACCUUAGAAAAAAAGCCAAGUAUUGUGAGUUGAUAAAGGUUAGAGUUACUACUACAGAUAACUCUUUUGAUCAAGUUAUCACUGCUCUGUAUGAUGUGUAUCUGUCAAGUGACUGUGAUCGAUCUGUUAUAUCGAAUAACAGUGUUCUUUUUUAGUAUAUUUGUGGUUAUAAAAUGCUUUGUAACACCCCUUGGUCGCUAGUAGAUUUUGUUUUAUUCCCUAUUAAUAUGACUGCUGUUGGCUGUAAUCAUUGGAUUCUUGGGGAGUUCAACGUGAAGCAGAGAUUUUUUAAAGUCUACAACUCAAUGAGGAAUAGAGUUAUGGAUAAGAAAGUGUUGAAAGUUGUUAAAGCAUAUUCUACUUUGUUGCCCUUGUUUCUUUCUUUAAAUAAUUUUUAUGAGUCAAGGGAAGAUAUUGAUCUAAAUGCACAAGCAUUUA